UUCAUUCAGGAGGCUAAGAAUAAUCUCCAUAGCGCUUAUGAAGAGUUAUUCCUUCGAGUUUGCACAUCAAGAACGCUUCCGCUCUUGAGAAACGGCCAGUGGAGUUGGGCAAUGGUUGCAUCGUACCUGAAAAAGGUUACUGCCCUUGAGGAUAUGAUUGCUGGCGGACUUUACAUAGUAUGUGGCCAGGUGCCGCGGAUUCGGGAGCUGCUCACAUUGGAAGUGGGGAACGGCCCUUCCACGACGCGAGGCAUCUUCUUGUGGAACGGGUCAGUGAUCUACCUCCUUCGACAUCAUAAAGCCAAAAGAUCUACAAACCGAGAGUUCUAUGUAGCUCGCUUCUUACCAGCGCGGCUGGGAAUGGUCAUGGUUCGGUACCUGGCCUGUAUACGCCGGCUUGCACAGCUCUUACGGCGAGAACAGCAUGGGAACCAUCGUCAAGACCAACUCGGCUAUGAUAAGCAUGUCUUGCUCUCCUCAAACGGCAAGACAUGGGCAUCAUCUCAUAUCACUACAGUCUUAAGAGCAGCAACGGCCUGUGUAUGGAAAAUGGAGCUAAAUGUUCAACAGUACCGGCAAGUUACUGUAGGCAUCACAGAGAAACACGUUCGCGAGGUC